GAAAACGCAUCUGAUGUUUUUUUCCCACAAGCUUUGUUGCUUUUGAAUCUGAAGAUGAUUCCUCAACUUUUUGUUUUGGUGAGUCACAUGUUGAUGGAAUGUGCAAAAGAAUUGACACAGCAAUCAACAAACUCAUUGCUAUUUCACACCAACCUGUCACCUAGAUACCUUGAGAAUGCAUUGUAAAUCUAGAUUCUACCAACCACGCUUUAUACUUGUUAACCAUGGUCACAAAAAUGGGAUGAUGCACCAAUCUUGAUCUUCCUUCCCUAGAAUGUUAUUUGGCAUGCUUAUAUGAGGAGGUGGAUUUGCAUCAAAUCUCAGCUUCACUACCAGCUCGAGAGAAUGGUGAGCUCAACCAAGGGCAAAGUGUGUGUAACUGGGGCUUCAGGUUUUGUUGCCUCUUGGCUCGUCAAAAGACUCCUUGAGUCUGGAUAUCAUGUGCUAGGGACAGUCAGAGACCCAGGGGAUCGAAGAAAAGUGGCACACCUUUGGAAAUUGCCAGGUGCAAACGAGAGGCUCCAACUUGUGAGAGCUGAUCUCAUGGAGGAAGGAAGCUUUGACGAUGCUGUCAUGGCUUGUGAGGGUGUCUUCCACACUGCAUCUCCUGUCCUCGCUAAAUCUGAUUCCAAUUGCAAGGAAGCAACACUCGGUCCUGCAAUUAAUGGUACCCUAAACGUGCUAAGAUCGUGCAAGAAGAAUCCAUUUCUCAAAAGGGUGAUUCUCACAUCUUCUUCAUCUGCGGUAAGGAUUAGGGAUGAAACUCAGCACCCACAACUCUCGUGGGAUGAAACAAUAUGGAGCUCUGUGCCACUCUGCGAAAAACUACAGCUAUGGUAUGCCCUGGCAAAGAUAUUUGCAGAGAAAGCAGCACUGGACUUUGCCAGGGAGAAUAGCAUUGACCUUGUAUCUGUUCUUCCAUCAUUUGUGAUUGGACCCAGUUUAUCCCAUGAAUUGUGUACUACCGCUUCAGAUAUCCUUGGCUUACUUCAAGGUGACACUGACAGGUUUACUUUGUAUGGAAGAAUGGGGUAUGUUCAUAUCGACGAUGUUGCACGGAGCCACAUUCUCGUGUACGAAACACCCGAGGCCAUGGGCAGAUAUCUGUGCAGUUCAGUGGUUCUGGACAACACUGAACUGGUUGGCUUGCUUGCAAAACAGUUCCCAGUAUUUCCCAUCCCAAGGAGGCUAAACAACCCCUAUGGAAAGCAGUCCUACCAGCUAAACACAUCCAAACUCCAGGGUCUGGGUUUCAAGUUCAAAGGACUGCGGGAGAUGUUCGACGACUGCGUGGAGUCGCUGAAAGAUCAGGGCCAUUUGCUAGAAUGCCCUUUAUGAUAAGAGAGACAAUAAUUUGACCAAGCCAUAUCCAAACACAUAUUGCAACUAUGUCUGGAUCAUUUCAUGUCAGUUCCCAAGUCAUCCAUUUCUUGUUUUUCUCUUCAAAUAAUUCACGUGUCAGUCUCCGUGCUAUACCUAACAUCAAUUGUUAUUUGUCGCCCAUGGAUUUACGCGGCAAUGGAAUGUUUCCACAUGCUUUGCAAAUUGCAAUUAAUUCAAGCAGCAAUUGAACAUUUGAAACGUUGAA